GCUGCAACGCUCAGCUUCAACGGGUCGCAGCACAUGGAGGUGAACAUGGACACCGAAUCUUUGACGCAGACCGAGGACAUCGUGAUCCGCUUUCGCACCAGCAAACCCCUAGGUCUUCUGCUCAUCACGAGCACCGUGCAGACUGGUGACAGAAUUGAAUUGGCCGUAGCUGCGGGUCGAAUUCGCAUGGCUCUCAGACUUGGCGUCAAGGACAAGAAGCAGGAGGACAAGGAGAAGGAUAAAAUCUUAUUGGCGGGACAAAAUGUAAACGACAACGAGUGGCACACGGUGAGGUUCUCCAGACGCGGCGCUAAUCUUAAGCUUCAGCUGGAUGGGAAGACACCACUUAGAGCUGAAACGUUCGGAAAAUACAAUACGCUGCAAUGGAGAACCAUCCAUUUGGGUGGACUCUACCAUCAGGAAGAGGAGAUCAGCAUGACCACGACCGUACCCAACUUUAUCGGAGAAAUCCAACAGUUUUACUUCAACAAUAUUCCAUAUAUUGAACUCGCACGUGCUUCCAGCAGCGAGCAUACGGUUCACGGGUUCCCUAAUAUCCGGGUAGCUGCAAAGUUCGUGAAGAGGGCUACAGACAACCUCCAUCGCCCGGUCACUUUCCGCUCGAAGCACACUUUCAUGGGCUUGCCGAUGCUCAGAGCAUACUCCAGCAUUCACAUUGAUUUCAUGUUUAAGACGCGGGAUGCCAACGGUUUGAUCAUGUUUAACGGCGGACGGAAAGAGGACUUCCUUGCCGUCGAACUAAUCGAUGGACACAUUAAUUAUAUAGUGAACGUCGGCGAUGGCGCCGUCAAAUUGAAGGAUUCUGUGAAAACAAAUCUGAACGACAACCGUUGGCACACCGUCGGCAUCCGCAGACCCUCGGCCAAACAGCACACCUUGAUGGUGGACGACGAUAUCGUCGUGGCAACAAAUCAAGGCAUCGGUAAUUUGGAGCUCGAUGGAAUCUUAUAUUUGGGUGGCGUGCACAAAGACAUCUACUCGCAAUUGCCGCAGGAGGAUAUAAAGUCUAAACACGGUUUUGAAGGAUGCAUUGCAGGGUUGGACUUAAACGGCGAAUCGCCGAACGUGCUGGAAGAUGCUGUUGUUCACAGCUCUUUGGUCACUGCUGGUUGUGAAGCUCAAUCACAAAAGUGCAGUCAGAACGUUUGCGCCAACGGUGGAAUCUGCGUGCAACAGUGGCCUGCAUACACAUGCGAUUGCGAAAUGACCUCCUUCACCGGUCCCACCUGCUCUGAUGAAUCCAUUGCAUACGAGUUUGGACCUAAUCGCGGCAUGAUUACAUAUACUCAUCCCGAAGACAGAAGACCUGAGGUGCAAGAAGAUAGCAUCUCUUUAGGAUUAAUCACCACGAAAUCUGAUGCCGUCGUUAUGAGAAUCAUCUCCGGCCCUUCAAAUGAUUACAUCGAACUUGAAAUUGUGGAAGGAAACAUAUUCAUGGUAUAUAAUUUAGGAACGAACGAUCAUCCGCUUGGUGAAAUUUCCGUCAAAGUAAACGAUAAUCAGUACCAUGUGGUGCGAUUUAAUCGAUCGGGAUCGAAUUCGACGCUGCAAGUAGAUGACUACAACGUGCAAUUCAGUUACCCCGCUGGAGAACAACUUCAGGUGUUCAAUUCGCAGUCGCAAAUCCAGAUCGGAGGUAAAUGGAGCAAAGGGAAAUCGCGAAUCGAGAGACCCUUCGCUGGAAUAAUAGCAGGUGUCGUCGUUAACGGAAUGCGAAUCCUAGAUUUGGCCGCCGAGAAGGAUUCGCACACCUCUAUCAGGAACGACGUACAACUCGUAACGGGCAUCCUCGAUAGACAUGAUCAACUACAAAAGAUGCAGCAGACUCCAGCUUCUGGUUUUCCCGGUGUCAUGGAUGAUCUGGUGUUCAGCGGUGCAGGGUCAGGAUGCAAUGGCGAUGAUGAGGAUGAAUGCCCUCCGCUUCCGGAGAAUGGAUCAGGUGAUGAUGACCUUAUAACCCCUGUAUAUAUACCACCCACAAGGCCGCCACCAACGACGAAACCACCACAUCACAGACAACCCGAUAAAGAUGAUGAGAAAAACUGUGACGAUGAAGAUUGUUUAAGUGGUUCGGGAUCUGGAGAAGUUACCGAAGAUUCUACCAGCACUACAACUGGACAACACACUUCAGAAACAGUACCGGGACCCAGCGUAACCCAAGAUAAUAUAAGCACCAAAUCCACUGAUAAAUCAACAACUCCUAUAAGUGGUAGCGGCGCCACCGACACCACUACAAGCGUCGGAACAACUAAGCAAGAAGAACCGAUCACUUCGGAAGCAGACAUUGCGAAAGUAACCACUCAGGUCUCCACAUCUGAUGGAACUUCGACUACGAUCACGACAACAACGCAGAGACCAAUCGUGAAGGCACAAGUGCCUAUUGGAGAUUACCCGAACAACUUUUACCCGACGAGUAAACCACCAAGAAGGCCGGAAAGGGUUAGCAGCGAGACAUCAGAAAUCGUUGCGCUGAUAAUAGGAAUAAUAGCUGGAGCACUCAUUGCCGUCAUCCUCAUAAUCCUUGUGAUUUUGAAGUUUAAAUCUCGUGGUGAUCGAUCCUACAAAGUCGAUGAGGGUAAAGGCUACCAACAAGGACCGAAUGCAGCUCUCCUCGGAAACGCCAGCACCAACACGAACGGCGGUAACUACCAGCUAAACGGCGCCGUCCGCAACGGCGACAAGAAUUCGCUACAAGGUCAACAGCAACAGCAAAAAAAGAAACGCGACAGCAAAGACAUUAAGGAAUGGUAUGUGUAAAGUGGGCAUAUUUGCCAGAAAAAAAAAUGUUUUUGAAAAAAAAAAAGAAGUUAUUUUCGAACUCCGAGCCAUUUAUUUUGCGAGCGCGAUUUGGACCUAAUUCCCCUGAAGAAAGAAGAUGAAGACACUACUAAUCUUAAAAAGGUGAUACACGCUAUUAUCCUCUCCUACAUCCCAUCGAAGAGGAGAGUAACCUUCGACUUAUUCAAAUAAUGCUCAUGUUUGCUAAAACCUCCCACACUUCAAACACAAAACGUUUCCCUACUUCUCUUACACGUUUUGCCCUAAUAGUAGCCCAAACACCCUCUCACCAUCUACAAAUUCAAGACAGCAACUAAACGAAUUUAGGUAAGAAAAUAAUCACCAAGGUGACCACAGCAAACAAUAAUAAUAAUAAAAUUAAGUGACAAUCAAGUUUAUGUUUCUAAGGUGUUUGAGGCUACAUUUACCAAACAACGUGAGAUGAGAAACGUAUGAGAGAGAUAAAAUAAGUUUUGACACAAUGUCGGCACGGAUUCACUGAUAAUAAGUAAAGACUGUAAAAUAUUUCAAGAGAUAUAAAGAAAAAUCAAUAUCAAAUCAUAUCAAAAUAAAUUUGAUAAAAUUAGAUUUUUUUUUCUUUUGCUCCGUAGCAGCAGAAGAAAGGUAAUAAUAAGCUUAAUUAUACUUGUACUAAUUCGAAUCCGCGCCGUUAUUGAAAUUUGAAGAAAAACAAUUUAAUUUCUCCCAGUUCAUGAACAAUGCCUAUGUCUUGAUUGUUGUUCUUUCUUUCUGUUUCAUACUAUUAUUAUAAUUUACUCUCCUCAAAAUGAAUAUAUUCAAUGAAGAAUUAUGAUUAUAAUAUAAACAAAUAGUUCUAAUGUCACCUAAUCGCCUAAUAUACCAAACAAGACGUGGACAAAAAAAAAUACAAGAAAAUAUGAAAAAAUACACUUAAACAUAGCAAUAUUAUAUAAAUAUUAAUUAUAUAUAAAAAUAUUAUAUAGAAUACGCAAUUUCCUUGGCAACCCCGAUGUCCCCACCUCCUUCUACCAGGAAUUAUUAUAUAAAUAUAAAAUAAGAAAUCAUAUUUACUUUGAUGACAAAAGUAAAUAUUGCAUGAAAAA